UUUUUUUCUUCUUCUUCUCAUUGCUGUCCACGCUUGGGCGUGUCCUCGGCAGUCACGAGACAGACUUCUUAUCUUCAUCUUAUUUGGUUGUUUGUUUGUUUGGUUGUUUUCCUGCGGAGUCAGCACUUUGGAAAGAGGCAACUCGCUCACGCGCAUCCUCGCGUGAUUGACAGGCGCUGCCUCCCGGGCGGACCGCCGGAGCGUUCCCGGAGGCAGGCGGAGUUCGAUUGGCAGUUUCGGAGGCAUGUGGGGUGGAUGACAGGGCGGUGGCUACUUAGCUUGCUCGUGACAGAAGGACCUAAUUGUUUUCCCUAGCGAGAUGGGGUCUAUUAUGUUCGCCGCUUAAAUUAAAACAAAUAAACAACAACAAAAUAAAAUAAAACAAAAUAUCAACUUUAUCCCUCGCCAUGAAGAGUUACCCGGAGACCGUCGCCUUCUUGGGGCAGUUCGGACGCUUCCAGCAGGUCGUUUUUCUUUUGCUGUGCAUCAGCAUCGUGCCGAACGGCUUCGGUGCCUUCACGCUCGUCUUCCUGACCGACACGCCGACACACCACUGCCGGGUGCCGGACGUCAAUCUAACCGAGGACUGGCGCGCUGUCGUCAUCCCGGUGCGGGUGAUGAAUGGCAAAGAGGUGCGUAGCAGCUGUAGCAGGUACCGGCUCGAUGUAGUCCGGAACCUGUCAGACCAGGGCUACAGUCCAGGGCGGGAUGUCAACCUCACCUUCCUGGAGGAAGAGACGUGCCAGGAUGGCUGGAUCUACAGCAAGGAAGUCUACCAGUCCACCGUUGUCACUGAGUUUGACCUGGUGUGCAACAACAAAUGGAAGAAACCAUUGACUACCACCAUUUUCUUUGUGGGCAUCCUGGCCGGAUCCUUCUUCGCGGGGCAACUUUCAGACAAAUUUGGAAGGAAGCCUAUCCUUUUCAUCACGCUGGCUCUGCAGACCGUCUUCAGCUUCAUUCAGGUUUUCUCUGUAUCCUGGUCCAUGUUCACCGUCCUGCUGGUCAUCAACGGCCUGGGACAGAUGUCCAACUAUAUGGCGGCCUUAGUACUGGGCGCAGAGAUCCUCACAGGCAAUGUGCGGCUGCUAUACUCAUCGCUGGGAACCUGCUUUGGUUUCGCAGCUGGCUACAUGAUCCUGCCUGUGUGCGCUUACUUCCUGAGGGACUGGAAGUCUCUCAUGCUGGCCUUGUCCCUGCCCUGCCUGGCCUUGUUCCCCUUCUGGUGGUUCAUCCCGGAGUCUCCUCGCUGGCUCCUGUGCCAGGGACGAGUGGAGGAGGCAGAGGCCAUUGUGAGGAAGGCGGCCAGGAUGAACAAAGUGCAAGCCCCACAAGUCAUCUUUGAAGACUACAUUGUGAGCAAGCCCAAAGAUUCACAGGCUAAAGAACCGCACAGCAUUCUGGACCUGGUUGGCAACGUGGAAAUCGGUUUCAUGACAAUAAUUCUCUGCUAUGUGGCGUUCACCAUGUCCGCAGGCUACUACGGCAUCUCCUUCAACACGACGCAGUUCCACGCCAACGCGUACGUCAGCUGCUUCAUCUCGGGGGCUGUGGAGCUUCCGGCGUACGUGUCCAGCUGGCUUGCUCUGCGCUAUGUGUCGCGUCGAAUGUCCAUUAUCGGCUCCCUGGUACUGGCUGCGGCGCCGCUCUACUUCAUACAGCUGGUGCCCGAAGGUUACUCUGGUCUAUCGCUCACUCUGGAGAUGGUGGGAAAAUACGCCAUCACCACCGGCUACGGCCUGAUGUUCCCUUACACCACCGAGCUGUACCCGACGGCGCUACGAAACACGGCGGCCGGGAUCUGCAACACAGUGGCGCGGAUGGGAAGCUGCAUCACGCCAUACCUGCUGGAACUCAGGUCCUACUCGCCAUUCCUGCCUUACAUCAUACUGGGCAGUCUGGCCGUUUUGGCGGCCUUCGCAACCGUCCUCCUGCCAGAGAGUUUCGGGCGACCGCUCCCUGAAUCCAUCCAACAGAUACGCAAGAGAGAGCGCAUCAAGUGUCCGUGCAUCCCGAAGGCAGAGACCCCCGUUGCUGUGGUUCUUUUGGAAAAUCCCAAAUCUUAGUAAACUGCAGUGUGUGGAUUAAAAAUGCAGUUGUUUACAGGGCUAUAUAUGCAACUAUAUAUAUAUAUAGAGAGAGAGAGUUGCAUGUUAUUUUCCAUUUUCUGGGGAUUUUAUUUGGAAAUAGGUCAUAUCAGGUUGCUUUUUCAAGUGUAAUUUCUACUUUACAAUGUCAUUGAAUAUAAAUGUGAAUACUGUUGACAAAUGCUGAUACUUUAUGUGAGGACUGGUCUCACUUUACUAUGCGCACAUGUAUGUAUGUUCGUGGCAUAAUAUUUUUGUUACUAUGUUAUCGUCAUUCCGUAUGUACGGUAAUGGUGAGUGUACGUUGUGUGAUGUGUGCAUGCUUCUGGGCAUGUGUCGCUUUGUAUGUGUUUUUUUCCCAAUGCAAACCAUUUUAAAAAAAUCGAAACCAAAAUGGAGUGGUUUCAGGUGCGGAGAGCCUUAAAAGGUAAAUACAAUCAUCUUAUUAUAUAAACUGUGCAAUCAAGCAAUACACACUCAGUGUACACAAGUAUUGUAUGUGAUUCUGUUGCUUUUAAAGUGACAAUAAAAAGAACUGUUCUGUUUACCUUGAAA